AUGGCAAUUUCCCUGAGAACAGCUCAGUACUGCCAGCUCUUGUGCAACAGAUCCACGUAUUAUUUAAAGUGUCAUAUGGAAAAUAUCGUUCCAGUGAGACAGAUCCUGGUCACUGCAGGGGGAGCUGGAAUGCAAGGUUGGGAUCAGUCAGACAAGUUCAUUAAGAUUUACAUCUCUUUAAAUGGAGUCCAGAAGCUUCCAGCUGAGAACGUGGUGGUGAAUUUCACCGAGAGGUCCUUCGAUCUGCUUGUGAAGAAUCUGAAUGGGAAGAACUACACCAUGACCUUCAACAACCUCCUGAAGCCCAUCUCUGUGGAAGGCAGCUCUAAGAAGAUAAAGACAGACACUGUCCUUGUGAUGUGCAGGAAGAAGCAGGAGGAAAACUGGGAUUGUCUCACUCAGGUGGAAAAAGAAAGCAAAGAGAAAGAGUAA